CCAGUAUCCUGUUGGGACAUUUUAUGUAGGAGGAAAUAAGUUGAGAUACUGACCUUGAACGCUUGUCUUUGGAAGUCUGAGUUACAUAUUAAAUGCCCCAUUAGGACAUACUGCUAAGAUGGGGAAAUGACAGUGACCCUAGGACUACAGGGCUUUAGGGAGGAAGCCAACAACAACAAAAAAAUUGUCAUGUAGAUUAUCAUACCAGAGGCUGGAUGGGCAACAGAUUAACAGUGGACCCCCAGAUAAAGCUGACAAUUAAGUAGCUUAGGGGGCUGCUGGUGCCGGGAGUUCUAGAGGCCUGGUUAGCUUUGGCAAAGCCCAAAGUGAGGUGAGGUGGCUGGUCAGCAAGUGGUGUGGGCACAGAAGUGAUGCCUUCUGGGAGAGAAGGAAUCAAAGCUGGGGCCCAAGGGAGAGUAACACGGAAAACACUACAACUCCCAGAAGUCUCUGCUUCCAGGCGAGUUGGUGAUAGUUGCCAUGGUUUCGGGAAACAAUAUGGCUAUUGCCAGUUGGGACGUAAGUCUGUGGGGUUAGAAAAGUAAACGAAGAUCUGAACGCCCGCAGCGCCGAGAGAAAAGGCGCUUGAGGGAUCCUGAGGCUGGAGUUGGAUUCUGUCUGGCUGAAACGACUCUGGCCCUGCCCAAGGAGCCAAUGGCGAGCAGCGUGGAUGAGGAGGCGCUGCACCAGCUAUACUUAUGGAUAGACAACAUCCCUUUGUCCCGACCCAAAAGAAACCUCUGCCGGGACUUCAGUGAUGGAGUCCUGGUUGCAGAGGUCAUCAAGUUUUACUUCCCCAAGAUGGUGGAGAUGCACAAUUAUGUCCCUGCCAACUCGCUCCAGCAGAAGCUCAGCAACUGGGGUCACCUGAACAGGAGGGUACUGAACAAAUUAAACUUCUCCGUACCAGACGAUGUAAUGCGUAAGAUUGCCCAGUGUGCUCCUGGCGUGGUGGAACUGGUGCUCAUCCCGCUGAGGCAGCGCCUGGAGGAGCGGCAGAGGCGCAGGAAGCAGGGUGGCGGCUCCUUACAGGAUCUGGCAACUCAGGAUGGCAGUGGCUACAUGGAUAUGGGCUUGUCCCAGAAGAACCGAGGGGAAGGUGCCCCAGACCCCCAGGGAGGAGGACAGCUCAGGGGCGGGCGGCCACUGGUGACCCGACCUCCCGUGUAUAACGAGGCACUGCAGGGCGGUCCAAGCUUCGUUCUCCAGAUCGCUGAAAAGGAGCAGGAGUUGUUGGCCUCUCAAGAGACGGUGCAGGUCUUGCAGAUGAAGGUGAGGCGUCUGGAACACCUGCUCCAACUCAAGAACGUGCGUAUCGAAGACCUCUCCAGGCGACUGCAGCAGGCUGAGCGCAAGCAGCGGUGAGAGGCGGCCUUUGCUAUGGGGGCUCCCGGUACCCGCCAGAGCCCAGACGCUGCGGCCCACCCACCCACCAGCACGAUUGGACGGGCAGAGUGGAGCCAGCUGCUCGCACGUACCUCCUCCUGCUGGAGCGCCUCUCUGCCAGGGCAUGGGGGUGAGCUGGGGGCGCUAGGACAGACGUCCUCAAAACCGAGGCCCAAGACUGAGCGGUCCUCCUUACACUCCAUCUGGGCCAGGAGGAUGGACCGCUUUUCAGAGCUCAGAAGCCAUGUAUAGAAACUCGGUGUGACCCCCAAAACUGUGUCCACCUUGGAGUUCCCGGCGAUGGGCCUGGGGAAGCGGUCCUCUGGCUUGUCCCCCACCUCCAGAACCUGGUCGCUGCCCUGCUCAGAGGACAGCAGUCCCUUCAUCCAUGCUCUGCAUGGCCUGGACCACGAGGGAAGGUAUCCCUGGAAACCAAGGGCUUCCCUUGCUCCUCCUAGGUGUCCACCUGGGACCCAUCUAUGGGCUGGAGACCUCAGCAGCUGAAGAGGAGGGGGUAAAGUGUGGGGCUAGCAAGGAAUAAGGGAGACACCUGCUGUGCUAUUGCCCUUUCCUCACUGGAGUACUGUUGGGAGUGCCCGGGAAUCCGGAACAGAGCUGUCCCCAUUAAAGGUGGUGUUGAGUUUUC